UGUCGUCACGAUCGUCACUGACAGUCUUGAUGGCACAACACUGCGCAGCUUCUGGUUGUUAAACCGCCGAGAUUUAAAUUCCUGAAGAAAUGGGAUCACCUUUCACAGAUGCGCAGUUAACUUGAUCUCGAAUGUUCACGGACCGUUCCAAUAUGGCCGACGGCGACCCAUAGAAACCUGAUAGAAACAUCUGCCAAAAACAACGCUGGUGUUUGUACUUCCCUAAAAGGCUGAGUUGUUUUUUCGGGAUUUGGGACACAGUGUAUAAAACAUAAGCUCCAGACGUCGGGAAGGAAGAAUUGAAUGUUAUUCCGCUAUUGUGAAGCAGAUGGCCUGAGCCCAGAACCCAGUCCCAUAGACUGACAGGAAGGACAGCAGAGAGAUGGAAGGUGCUUGGGAUGUUGCACUUGUUCUCUUCCAGGUGUGGCUAUCCAUAGUAGUGGGCCUCAUCAUGUUACCUGCCAUGUUUGGAGUCUCCCUGGGGUUCACUGAUAUCUACAUCAAGGUUCUGGUUAAGAUACUAGAGUGGGCGACACUCAGGAUUCAACGAGGACAGAAGGAACAGCCAACACUGCCAUCACAGUCAGCCAACGGGAUAAUCGAAAAAGAGGACGGUUCUAUGGAGGAGGAGAUCGAAGAACUGCGACGGUCCCAUCCCAAAAAUCUGGCGGGGGGAGACUUUACUUUGUGUGACGUCUUCUAUUUCUGUAAGAACGGCAUUGAAAACAUUGUCGACGAUCAGGUGACUCAGCGCUUCACGUCGGAGGAACUGGCUUCCUGGAACCUUCUCACACGAACCAACAACAACUUUCGCUACAUCAGUGUGCGCCUCACCAUUAUAUGGGGCCUGGGAGUUUUUAUACGUUACUGUAUUUUAUUGCCUCUCAGGGUUACUUUGGCUGCUAUCGGACUGAGCUGGUUGGUGAUCGGAACUAUUCUUGUUGGACUGCUUCCUAACAGCAAUGUGAAGAACUGGCUCAGUGAUUUGGUUCACAUUACAUGCUACAGAAUAUGUGCCAGAGGCCUGUCUGCAACCAUCCGCUAUCAUAAUAAAGAGAAUCGUCCACAAAAAGGAGGUAUCUGUGUGGCCAACCACACCUCCCCAAUUGAUAUUGUCAUUCUUGCGAACGAUGGAUGUUAUGCUAUGGUAGGUCAAGUUCAUGGAGGCCUCUUGGGGGUCAUUCAGAGGUCAAUAGUCCGAUCCUGUCCUCAUGUUUGGUUUGAGCGAUCAGAGAUGAAAGAUCGUCAUGCGGUUGCCAAAAGGUUGAAAGAUCAUAUUGCUGAUAAAACUAAGCUGCCAAUCCUGAUCUUCCCAGAGGGAACUUGUAUUAAUAAUACAUCAGUCAUGAUGUUCAAGAAGGGAAGCUUUGAAAUUGGUGGAACUAUAUACCCAGUUGCAAUCAAGUAUGACCCUCAGUUUGGAGAUGCCUUCUGGAACAGUGCCAAGUAUAACAUGGUGAGCUACAUCCUCAGAAUGAUGACAAGCUGGGCCAUUGUGUGCAACGUCUGGUACCUCCCACCUAUGACUCGACAGGAUGGAGAGGAUGCUGUUCAUUUUGCUAACAGAGUAAAAUCAGCAAUUGCACACCAGGGAGGACUGGUGGAUUUGUCCUGGGAUGGAGGACUGAAGAGAGCAAAGGUCAAGGAGUCAUACAAGGAGGAGCAACAGAAGAUGUACAGCAGUAUGAUCGUGGGGUCGGACUCUUGCGAAGCCUUAGUUGAUCCCAUGUAAAUUUCAGCUCGCACUAUAUGAACUUGAUCUGAAAGUGAGAAGCACGUCUAGCUCAGCCACCGGACAAAAUCAGCACAGUGCUGCUGUGCAAUGUUGCUCUUUUUGAUUCAGAAUUUUUUUAACUGGAAAAUAUAUUCUUGAGAUUUGAACUUUUCGUUUUUUGUGUACAUAAAUCAUAACAAACUGUUGAUGCAUAGCUCCAAUACUUAGUGAAACGCUUUCGAUUUUCACUUUGUUCUCAAUAAUUGUUGGGUUCUAGUUCCCCCCACAAUAUAGUGUAUAGAUUUGCAUGUUAAAAUAUUUACUUUGUGCAUGUUCACAUUUUAUUCCUGUUACAUGAUUUCUUAAAGGUCGAAUGUGAGCUGCACACACUUUUCUCAGGUCCAAUGGGCUGUUCAUGUGUCGACACUAGAGGUCACUGUUACCAAACAUUUGAGCCACAUAAAACAGUUCACAAUCAUGAUUGUCUUUCCUAAUAAAAUAAUGAAAUGAAA